AUGAUUAAAGGUGCAGAUUUAGUCAUAACUACAAACACCAGAGAGAUUGUUUUAGGCUUCACAAAAGAGUUGACAGUUGAAUGUUCAUUUAGGCAAGGAUCCGUUCGGGCAGUUUCUAGCCUGAUUUCUUUGGUGCUUACACACCAAAGAACAAACGGACACGGCUACCAGCACAAGGUGUCCGUAAGUAGCAGUGGAGGUCUUCUGAAUAGCAACUUCUUGCAAGGAACAUCUUCUGGUAUAAUAAACAACAGAGGUAUUUCUUAUGUCAAAGUCAUCUGGAAAAAUCCUAGAGAUAACAGAGCAGGAGUUUACAAAUGCGAUGCUCAUGGCAUUGACACUUUAGGUAGACCUGUAGCUUUGUCGGCUAACACUUCAGUGGAGGCUUCCACACCAUACAUCGACAUGCUUUCAUUAGAAAUACGACUCAUCAAAGAUGUUCUGGAAGAUUUGCAACUGAAAAUAAACGACUCUGAAAGCAUUUUUAAUGGACAAAUUAAAUCAAUUUUAACCAAUUUAAGUCAGUUACAGACGCAAACAUCCAAUGCAACGAAUCAACUUCAAUUUGACUUGAAUUCUUUAAAAAACUCAGUAUCGCUGCUUCAAACUAAAGUUUUCUCCAGCAUUGAUCAGCUACAGUCAAAUACAUCCAAUUCAUCAAAUCAAACUCGUACAGAGAUAAAUUCUUUGAACAGUUCUGUAGCACAGCUACUAUCCCGUAUUUCUAGCAUUCAAAGACAGCAAGAUAAAGAUAAAUCCAACCUGGAAAAUGCGAGAUCAGCACUAUUCUACAGCUCGUCUAACUUUAAUGGUAGACGGUAUGGGCUUACCAGGUCUGCUAGUUUCUUUAACCCAAGUUAUGGACAGUCGACCUGUGCAAUGUUUGGUGGUUAUCUGACAGAGCUUGACUCACAAAGCGAAUUAAACUUCGUUCAAAACUUUGUGAAUGCAAACGGUUCAGCUUACUUUGCCGUAAUGAUGGGCGCCACGGACGAGGGCCACGAAGGGCGCUGGAUAAACAGGUACAGCCAGACACCCGUUGCUCACCUAUGGUACCCAAGACAGCCAGACAACACAGGAGGAGCAGAGAACUGUUCUUGUCUAUGGAAAGUAUUCGGCUUUGCAAUGAAUGAUUGCCCUUGCUACUAUACUUCUAAUGCAGUUGGGUUUCUCUGUGAGAUUCCAGAGUAGUUAGCUAAUGAUUGCCUGGAAAUGGUGAAUAA